CUGAGACUGGGCCGGACCUGUGCGAAGCUGCUAAUGAGGAUGAGGAAAAUAGUUGAGCCGGCUGAGUUACUGUGCGGCCGACUUGGGUGAAAGUUGUUCCAAUAUGGCUGAGAACAAGGAAGAAGUAAAGUAUUACCGGCUGGAAGAGUUAAAGCGACACAGCAGCGGGAGCAAUGCCUGGAUUAGCAUUCACAACAAAAUCUACGACGUGACCACGUUUCUGGAGGAGCAUCCAGGUGGUGAAGAAGUGCUGAAGGAGCAAGCAGGAGGAAACGCUUCAGAAGCUUUCGAUGAUGUUGGACAUUCUACUGAUGCACGAGAAAUGACCAAAAAAUACCUCAUAGGAGAACUUCAUCCCGAUGAUAGAGCUGCUUUUGAGAAGCCAAAGGAGCCAGCUGUUGUCAUAUUGGAGCCUGAAUCAAGUUGGUGGUCCAGUUGGAUAGUCCCAGCAAUAGCCGGCUUGACUGUGGCCCUCCUAUAUCGCUUUUAUGCAGCUGAUCAGUAAACACUAUGUAUAGAAGAGAUGUUGGCAAUAUUUCAUGUUGAUUACAACCUAUUAUAAAUUAGUUCAAAAUGUGAAAAUUGUUACGGUUUAUAUGGGCAGUUCCCUUGAAGAAUUACAUCAUAUCUGCAGCCCAGAAACUGACCCAUUUAGUCUAUCUCAGCAUUUGUACUCCACGUGAAUCAACUCCCAUUCAAAUUACCUCUUCCCGCCCUCCCUCUAAAAUCCCUCAAUUCUCUUCUCUCUAAUGUAUUCAUCAAGCCUCUCCUUAAAUGUGACAGUGCUAUUAUUUUUAACCAUUCCUUGUUGCAGUGAGUUCCACAUCCUCACCACUCUGUGUAAAGAGAAUAAUACCGACUUUGUCAUAGAUGGUCUAGCACUUGUCUUUCCAUGAUUGGAAAAUGUUUCCUUCAAAAUCUCAAUGAGAGAGGGUAGGGGUUAGUAAUCUAGCAUAGAUUUCACAUGACUGUACUUAACUGAGAGAAUUGAACCCAGAAUGGGUCAGGUGCAAGAAUUAUUUCCCAUCUGAUUUAUCAUAAUGCAGCUGUUCCCAUCAGUAAGUUUCUUAGUGAAUUGUUGAGGUUUUUGACGUGUUGGGAGUGCCUUUAUUAUUUGAUUCACUGUGCCUUUUGUGUGAAGAUCCCAGAUGUGCAAAGAGAAACAAUUCUGAACAACUAAUAUAAAUCUGUAUUGUAUAUAAUCACAUCUGCUGACAAGUGUAUUUUUCAAUAUAGUAAUGAAAUCAUGUACAUUUUUACAAAUAAAUACAUACAGAUAAAUAGUA